UUGAGUUCCUCUUUCUCUUUGUUGUUCUGAUCCCCUCUCUUCCUCCCUCUCUCUCUCUCUGAAACGCGGGAAUCUCUAUUUCCGUCUGCUGCCUUCUCUCCCUGUGAUGAAUUUGACGGAGUCUGUCCAUCCCUGAGCUGAAACAUUUCCUCAUGACCCCGACCUCCGCCCCUAAUUCCCUCCCUCGAUUCUCUUCCUCUCAUGGUGAGAGACUCCAAGCAGCUCGGCCACCCUCCACCAACCCCCGCCUCCCCCCAUCGUGGCCUCAUCGUCGGCAACUACUGCCAUGACGUCCUCUUCCAUGACGGCUCCCCCGUUGCCGAGUCCCUCGGCGGCGCCGUCUCCUUCAUCUCCGCCGUCCUCAGUGGCCUCUCCAUCCCCUUCGACUCCGUCUCCAAGGUCGGCCCUGACUUCAAGUACUCCCCCGCUCAGAUCCCCAUCAAGGUCCACGGCUCCAACACCACCCUCUUCCAUGCCCAUUUUGACUCCUGCGCGGACGAGGCCACCGCUCACCGGGACCGGCUCCUUAAGCGGGUUGCUGCAUGCGACCCCAUCAGCCCCUCGGAUCUCCCCACGAGGUGCUAUGAUUUCGGAAUGGCGGUCGGGGUUGGGGGCGAGAUCCAGCCCCAGACCCUAGAGAAGAUGACUGAAAUCUGCCGUGUCGUUUUCGUCGACAUUCAGGCGCUGAUUCGCGAAUUUGAUCCCAUGGACGGGACGGUGAAGCUGGUGCGAUUGAAGGACAGUGGGUUCUAUCACUUGCUGCCCAGGAUCGGCUUCCUGAAGGCUUCGUCGGAGGAGGCGCUGUUUAUGGAUGUGGAGGAGGUGAGGCGACGGUGCUGCGUGGUGGUGACCAAUGGGAAGGAGGGCUGUAGUGUGUAUUGGAAGGACGGGGACUUUAAGAUCCAACCCUUCACCGCGAAUCAGGUGGACCCGACGGGGGCUGGGGAUAGCUUCUUAGGUGGUUUGGUGGGUGGGCUUGCGGCGGGAUUGGCCGUGCCUGAUGCUGCUCUGCUGGGCAACCUUUUCGGAUCACUCACAGUGGGGCAAGUCGGGCUGCCCAAAUUCGAUCCGAGGUUGUUGCAGGGAGUUCAAGAUGAAGUCCAAAGGAGGAAGAUGCAGUCCAUGCACUGCUUUAGAAGUAUGGGUGAUGAGUCAAAGUAUAUGAAGCCAGCAGGACACGAUCAGUUCCACACAUCCCUUGCUGCAUCCAGACUUCUCGCCAAGUUUCCGGUAGAGGAUUUGCAGAGUCCCAGAAAGGUUGAUGAACUCCCACGUGCGAUCCCCGGCUUAGAUUAUUAGUUACAUGUGUAUGUAGUAUGUUUGAAUUGUCUCAUUCAAACAGUUGAGGAUAAAUCGGCAGCCCCUUUUUGUGUGUUGUCUAUGAAGGAAUCUCCCAAUUGUGAAACAAAGCUUGCUAGUUGUAGGAUAGUGAUCCAUUUUAGUUCCUAGUUGGGGUACGUUACUUCUUUUUUUCUGGCUGAUGCUUGUUAUGGCAUGGAAGAGCGCAAUAAGAGCCAGAGGUUAAAGUGGCCGCUUGAACUGGUGGAAUUUUGACAUGAA